AUGUCGGACACACGCGAUCGCCACGCUCCCGAGCCUGGCCUAGUGCCACCCUGUGAAGCCAUCCCUGACGACACUGUCCUCCGUACCGUGCCUGUCCUCGCCCCUGUUGACCCUCCCAGUCGUCCGGGCAACCCUAUCACCCCGCCCUCUCGGACGGCAUCCCCUAGCCUGGACACCGCACCCUGCAAUCUGUCACCAUCCGCUCCGAACGCGUUGUGCAGCCUACACUUGUCAUCAGACCAGGAAGGGGGUUCCCGUUGCUCGGGUACACUCUCGCCACCGGAAUCGCCAUCUGGCCCCGCUGCAUCCUUACAUACGGCCGUGCCUGCUGUCGACGACGCGCCCGGAACCGGCAGCGGAGCAGGACCGACGCCUUCUUCGCGCUGCAGCGUUCCAUCGCUCUUCGCGAACUUGCCUCCCUUGCCGAUCUGGGAGUCCUCCUCGUCGAGCAGCUCGGCAGGUUCCGCGGCCGGCGUACAUCCCCCGGGGGUACCGCCAAGCGGAGCCGGAACCGGAGCCCAGGACGAGGAAGACUUGCCGGCCGCGAGCCCAAGCUUUGACGAGCAUUCACCGUUGGUUGACCAAACCGACGGGGUCGAGUCAAGCGAGCAAUCCGUCAGCUCCGAGGCAUCCGUUCCUCGCGAGACGGGGAGUUCCGCGGACAGCAGCCCCCUCGUCAGCAACAGAAGUUCAGAUGACCGGUCACCGCCCUUGAGGCGCAGUUAUGCCGAUGCGGUGCGCGGGAGAGCCGACGCGACAAGUCCUAGCCGCGAGGACUCGGCCAGCGAUAUUGCGAUGGUGUUCUCUUCAGAUGAGGAGAAGCUGAGUUUGAGGGGGAUUCGGCCCGCCCGGAUGAUGGGAAGGCGAAGGUUCCUGAGGAAGGUCCGCGCGGACCGGAUCAAUGAUCCUGAGUGA